CUAUGGCGCUAUAAAUGCUCAUAAUCCAAAGUCUACCAGACUGAAAUCAAGUAAUGUUCCAAACAGUUAGCUAUGACUUUGUGAGGACAGUUUGUGGCGGUGGAUCGAAUGGCAUUGCCAAUCUGUCAACAGGAGAGGCAAUUCUAGCGGCGGGAUCCAUCAAUGAAGCUUCCAAAGUAAAAGUGGGCACAUUCGCAAUCAAGACAAAAAGAGAACACUUUUGGCAAAGUAACUCAUGCAAACUGAUGCUGUCGAAUAGCGUGAAUCUGGAUCCCAAAAGUGGCACGGUGGAGAAUGAGCUGUUGGAGGGAUUCAGCAAAGAGAUCGACCUCUCAGAGAAGAACACCUUCAAUAUAUCCGCACUCAAACAGAUUGGAGUGAAUGUGCUGAUUGGACAUGACUACAAGCUGUCUGCCAACUUGGGUCCCAUCCACAGACUAGAUAUGGACAAGGACUUCAUCCUGGACUACAGCGUGCCCUCAUCAGUGGCGUGUAAACUGACGAAGCCUCACAGCAGGAGGGUGUUGGGGGUGGUGACUAGUGUGUUCACUGUGCCCAACUCUGCCACCCUCACUCUCACCAGUGAACUUCAGAUACAGGAUCAGAUUUCACUCAUGCAACUUCUGAAGGGAGGUGAUGAAUCUAACAUAUGGAAAAAAGACUACCUGAACAGUUUGAAAAUGGUGCCGGGGCAAGUGAUAGCUUACUGUGUGGAGGAGUGUACCCUGGAUCUAUCCAGUAACACCUUCUACUUCCCCUCAGGGGGACAGAGGGCAGAGGUCAAGUUUGUACUGGGCGGUGGAGGUAGUGGAGAUCACUCAAAUCAGAAGACUGAAGAAUGGAUUCGGGGUAGCGCCGAAUUUUCCUCUGCUGACACGGACUCCACCUAUGUCAUGGUGCCUCAAACGUCGCAAUUAGAAGAUGAGACCGUUCAAGACCUGGCAGAGAGCAUGUCCAAGUUAGAGGAGAGGAAGCAGAAGCAGCUGUCUUGCUUGAUCAGGGCAGCAUUUAAGAACUCGAUUGAACAGGAGCUCAGAUCAUUCGUAUUCGAAAUGGUGGAUAACUUUGACCAACUGAACCCUGCGAUAUCAAUUCGGGGUUUUGAUUGUGAUAAUGCACAACUGCUCGCUCUCAUGGAUUUCAUCCUCAGGGACGGGAACUACUCGGUGAAUAUCCUGUACUACGUCUACUUUUUGUUCCAGUAUGCUCAAGAGUUGCCUGUGUGCGUUCUGAUAGACGUUUCUGACUUGAAGAAGGAAUAUUUUGACAUGACGAAAUCAAUUUUUAGCGAUGUGGCGGAAAAGUGUUCAAAUUUGCAUCAAAACGAGGUCAUCCUUAGCUCCAAAGUAUACGAGGUAGCUAAAUGUGUCUGGAACGUCCUAUUCGACCUUCAAGUUAACAAACCGGAUGGCGAUAAGAAUGGACCAGAAGAUUCUGAUAAUAAAAACUACGUGAUCAAAGAAUGCAAGCUAAGCAGUGCACAGUAUCACGUGUUCAGCAAGUUUAUUGAACUUGUUCUUAUCUUUUGAAACGAAUAAAUGAUCAUAAUAUAGCGGACUCAUUUAGUUUACUUUUGCUGUUUUUCAUUAGAUUACUAUUUAUUGUAAAUUAAGUUUGUGCAAUUGAGCUAGGUAUAGUGCACUAAGUAGUUUUCAAUUGAGUAGUUAGGUACUCAUUAUCCUUUUCUGAUGUGUAGAUUAGCUAAACUCUAUCUUUUGUGACAUGGUGUUGUGUUAUGAAUGAUUACGGAAUAGCUCCAUGCAUAUUCACACUAGCGAGCUUGCAAGCGUUAGUGUAUUAGCGCGAGCCUUCUUUUUUUCUAAGCUAACUCGCAAAUAAAAGUGUUCUUUAAAAGUGUUCACUUA